GCUCAUUAUGCAGUGUUUCAGAAACCUUUAGUCAUUUUUGUUAAAUCUACUUACAGCAGCCAUUUUGAGAUUCCUAAUAAAUUACAAACCAACAGGAAGGAACUAACUUAUUACGAUGAUGAAUGGAUGGGACUGGUUUUGUGGUGUAAACUACACACUUGACUCUGGCACAGGAUUGAACAACUCGUGUUUAAUCAACGGCAUCAUCGUAGUCCCACAGCUAGGUUUCGUCGUUAUUUCAUCUCUUAUCCUCCUUUUCCUCGCCGUCUGCUCCACCUCUAAGAGACAAAACAGUUCCAAGUAUCUCCUACAUCUCCCAGGCCACACCCCAAGAUGGCUUCUGACCUACGUCCUUCUUGUCCUAACACUCUCCUUCUUAGCAGAAGGUAUUCUGACCAACGAUACCUACCUCGCCAACUCCUUGUCACAUCAACCACAUCUCUAUGUUGUAGGAGUGACGAUGUUUCUUGGGGCAAUGCUAUCCAUUGUUUAUUACCACAUGAUGGAGAAAUGGCGUGAACGUCAUAUGGUUUGGCUCCUCUUCGUUUAUUGGAUAACAACUUUGUUUUCAUUGGCAGUCGAGAUGGUGCACAUUAACAGAAGAGGAGAUAUUAACUUUCAGAACGUCAGCUUUGAUAUCACUUUGCUGCUUCUUUUUGUAGUGGGUAUGUUCCUAGUCAAUGAGAUGAUCCUCUGUUGUCAUAUGGUAUUCGGUUGCUUAGCCGAAGCGCAUGGUCUAUGCGAUGGCGACACGGAGAAGGAUGACAUGAACUAUCUUCAUGACUAUAGUGCAUUGCCCUCUUCUCUAACUUACUUUUGGAUGAAUUGGCUGUUUGCUGUAGGAUACAAAAAAAACAUCGAACCAAAUGACCUGGGAAAUAUUCCAGAAAAACAUUCGUCGCUCUACCAACACGAAAGAUUCAAAAAGAACUUCCUUAUUGAACAGGAGAGAGCAUUGGGAAGUCACAAGAAGAUAAGUCUAUCUCGAGUGUAUUGGAAUACUUACGCUCACAAGAUGAUUCCAGCAGGGAUACUCAAAUUGUGCGGAGAUUGCCUGAAUUUAGUUGGUCCCUUGUGCAUAAGUGGAAUAGUAUUAUACGUCACAAACGCCCUUUACGGAACACAAGAUGAGAAUGUUCCUAGCCCUCAUCAUGUUACAAUUGAUGAAUUUUUUGGAAAUGGUUUCGUUUUGGUCGGAGUAAUUUACAUAGCAGCUUUAACUCGCAAUACAUUGGACCAGACAUAUUACUAUAUAUGUGCCGUUGAGGGAGUUCACGUGAAAUCCGCAAUUCAGAGUAUGGUGUAUGAGAAGUCUCUCCGGUUGUCGACAUAUGCCAUGUCAGGUGGUAUGAUGACGAUGGGUCAGGUGACCAAUCACAUGUCAGUUGAUGCAGCCAAUGUUCAGUUUUUCUUCGAUCGUGGCAAUGAAGUGUGGGUUGCACCAAUUCGGAUUGCGGUAACCUUAGUAUUGCUUUAUCUCCAGUUGGGACCACCUGCAUUCAUUGGAGUAGCUAUAUUCUUCCUCGUUAUUCCAGUACAAUUUAAGAUUGCAACAGCUUAUGCGAAUAAUAUGAAAGGGGUCAUGGCUAAAGCAGACCAAAGAUUGAAAUCAUCUAAUGAAAUGUUGCAAGGAAUGAAGAUACUGAAGCUUUAUGGAUGGGAAAGGAUGUUCAAAGGAUUUAUCAAGGUUAUAAGAGGAAAAGAGUUAGACAAACUCUCCGUUGUUUACCUGCUUGCUGCCCUCAACUUUGUUGUCAAUUCUGGGACCCCAAUAAUAGCGAAUCUCCUGUGUUUUUCAACGUAUACCGCCAUUACUGGGAAGGUCCUCACACCCGAUGUCGCUUUUUCAUCACUAUCCCUGCUCAAUGCGCUGACUGACCCGAUGUUCGUUCUUCCCUUCGUGAUCAAUCUGUUUGUGACUGCCUGGGUGAGCACGAACAGAUUGAGUUUCUUCCUCAGUGGACCAGAGGUUGAAACAAAAGAGGAUUUUGGAAGGCAGGUAGUAGAGGACACUAUGAAAAACGGAAAGAUAAAAUCGGCCUCCUAUGAAGAUCACGAGAUUCAAAUGACGAAAUCACUGACAUUGAGUUAUGAGGACAAGAAGUCAUACGGGUCCGUGGAUUCGAGAUCCAAUAGAGAAUUCAUUCCGGAAGAUGUCGCAAUACGUGUUCGGGACGGCGUUUACACAUGGGAUCCUGAUUCAGCAAUACCGAUCAUAAGCGAUAUCAACAUAGACAUACCAGCAGGUCAACUAACGGUGAUUAUAGGUACGGUUGGGAGUGGAAAAUCAUCCUUGUUACAAGCUAUGAUGGGAGAAAUGACGACAUUAAGAGGACAAGUUUUAGUACAGAAUGGAUCAACAAUAGCAUACGGGCCUCAGAAGGCAUGGCUGAUGAAUGCUUCACUAAAAGAAAACAUCCUAUUUGGAUCUUCUUUUGACUAUCUCAAGUACCAGAAAGUCGUAGAUGCGUGUGCUCUUGGUCCAGAUAUCGCGAUGUUGCCUGGAGGAGAUCAUACAGAGAUCGGUGAGAAAGGUAUCAACCUGAGUGGUGGACAGAAACAGCGAGUCAGUGUAGCUAGGACCAUGUAUUCUGACAGAGAUAUCGUCAUAUUGGACGAUCCUUUAUCAGCUCUCGACAUGCAUGUCGGAGCUCAUCUCUUCGAAAAUGGUAUUCUCAAGAUUCUCAAGAAACAGAAACGAACCAUUAUACUCGUCACCCAUCAAUUACAGUAUUUACCAGAGGCUGAUAAGAUCAUCGUAAUGCAAGAUGGGCGUGUCGCUCUUCAUGGUGACCCGGAAGAAAUUGCCAAGGCUGACCCUUCACUGUGUGAUGAUUGGCAGAGAGCAAUGCAGAUAUUCAGCGAAUCAGAAGCGGAACUGUCAGGGGCCGAGUCUGAAGCUAUCUUAGAAGAACGAAAGGCUCUAAAGAAACAAAUAUCUCAACUGGUCCCUAGAUCAAGAACACCUUCUGAAGCUUCAGAAUCGGAGAAAGGGCGACUGAUGGUGACAGAGGACCAAGAGAAGGGUUCUGUUUCAUAUAAGGUCUAUCUCUCAUAUUUCAAGUCGAUGAACUAUGUCAUAGCAAUCCUCAUCAUCAUCACUGUCCUACUGCGGGCAGGUAUCCAAAUAGGCACAAACUUCUGGCUUGCAAUCUGGUCUGAAGACAGUUUGGCUACCAAUGAUACACAGACUCUGCUUGAUGAUACAAACUACUACGUUGCAAUAUAUUCUGUUCUCUCAAUCGGCAAUAUUGUGAUGAGAGCUGUCUCAAUUGGUGCGAUUACAGUGGGAUGUUACCUUGCUGCCAAGAACAUGCAUCACAACAUGCUUGAUAAUAUCAUCGCAAUACCCAUGCGGUUUUUUGACACCACACCUAUUGGGAGAAUAUUGAAUCGCUUUUCGACCGAUACACAGUAUAUAGAUCAGAGGCUUUUACAGACCGUACGAACGAUUGUCAAUCUCAUGUCACAAUUGCUUUCAUCGUUCAUCGUCAUCAUCACAGUCAGUUUCUACUUCUUGAGUUUCAUUGUGCCAAUCGCCAUCGGGUUCGUACUCCUACUUGGAUAUUACAUCAUCACAUCAAGAGAAUUACAGCGAUGUGAGAGCGUCACCCGAUCACCCGUAUUUGCUCACUUUUCUGAGACUCUAGGAGGACUGCCAACCAUUAGAGCCUUUCGUGAUGAGAAGAGAUUUUUCCAAAUCGCACUUGAUCGGAUACUGCAAAACAACCGAGUGUUUCUCUACUUGGUUACUGCACAGAGAUGGGUGGCAAUUAGACUGGAUUAUCUUGGUGCACUAUCCGUCCUUUGCUCGAGUCUUGCUUCCCUUCUUGGUGCCUUCUAUUUUAAUAUAGAUGCCAGCUAUGUCGGGCUUGCCAUAUCAUACUCAUUGGAGAUAUCUCUGUAUAUGAAUCUUGUGGCAAAAUCAGCUGCAGAUUUAGAACUUCAAAUGAACGCAGUAGAGAGGGUUCAAUACUACACGGAUGUACCCACAGAAGACUACAGUGGAAAGCAACCACCUGAUUCUUGGCCAGAUAAAGGCCAAAUCCAACUUGAUCACAUUAGUGUCCGGUACGCUAGUGAUCUUGAUCCUGUACUCAAAGGAGUUACACUAAAUAUUCCUCAAAAAGAAAAGCUCGGUAUAUGUGGACGGACGGGAAGUGGGAAAUCUUCUUUAACUCUGGCGUUAUUUAGAAUCAUUGACACAUUUAAAGGCCGCAUAAUCAUUGACGGAAUCGACAUCGCUACCGUUCCUCUUCUUACACUUCGUCAACGUAUCUCCAUCAUUCCUCAAGAUGCCUUCCUAUUCACUGGAACUAUCAGGUUGAAUUUAGAUCCAACCGGUUCUAAAAAAGAAGCAGAAUUAUGGAAUGCUUUGGAGAUUGCCCAGCUGAAGGAAGUGGUCCAGCAACUUGAAGGAGCACUAGAUUAUGAAGUGACAGAAGGUGGAGAUAAUUUCAGUGUUGGACAGCGACAAUUAUUCUGCCUUGCAAGGGCCUUUUUGAGAAACUCCACGAUCGUGGUCAUGGAUGAGGCUACGGCAUCUAUCGACCAGGAAACGGAUCGUCUAAUUCAGGACGUUGUUUCUGAUGUCUUCCAGGACAGGACAGUGCUAACGAUUGCACACCGUGUAGGAACCAUUCUCGAGUCGGACACCAUUCUUACUCUCAGUGAUGGAAACGUCAUCGAAUUUGAUUCACCCUCCAACUUACUGGAAAGAGACGAUAGCACAUUUGCUUCACUAGUAAGGGCGGGAAAAUAACAGAAAAUGAAGAGCAGAGAGCUGUCAACCGCGUAUAAAUAUUUCGGGAAACGUUUCAUGAAUAUUUUUGUCAAUGUUUUUCACCAACAUAUAUUUAAUGCUACUGGAAAUAAUUGCAUCUGAUUGGCUGAAGGCAAAUUUAUCUGUGAAAAAUCACUGACAAAACUCCUCAUGAAAUACUCCUUACUUCGAAAAAAAGAAAUACCUGGCUUUGGAAUAAUCAAAUUUUGUCCACAUCUAGUUUGUGUGAUAUUUGUGUGUGAGGGUGUGUGUGUUAUCCUGGUUAUGGCCGCUAUUAUAUGCCAUUUUCUCGUCGUUUUGCCAUUGGUUUGCCAAUCUCGCCUAGCUGAUUAAACGGACGGGAAAUAGACCAACUGGUCAUGAGAUGAAACGUGGUGGACGAAAAUGCAGUUAUUACACUUGAUAGUGUACAAAUAUUAUCGAGUGUUUUAGGCAGCGCUGGGAAAUUAUAAUUCUGACGGUAGUGGUGAUAAUGACGACGACGAUGGGGAUGAUGACGAUGAUGGCGAUAUCAAAAUAGAGGAAAUUAAGUCUUGAUUAAUUAACUCUAACUGAUAUAAUUCAGAGAUUGUUUUUCUUUUAAGAAAUUAUGUCUCGUAAUACUUAAUACCAACUAUUGACCGGGGACUCACUUCUUUCAAGCCAACCCCCCCCCCCCCCUCCUUUCACACUUCGUGCAGCAAGCCCAAAUUGAUUUCGCCGUGCCGUUUCUUGACCCUGUUUUUUUCAAAUCUAGCGUGGCAAAUCAAAUGCGAAUUCUGUUUGUAGCUGAAUUUAAUAUAUCAAUAUUAUGUUUUACUAUUCUUGAUAUCGAUUUUAUAUUGUUGAUCAAAACUACACCAAUAACUGUCAUUAACAGAAAAACAUAAAGUUUUAAAAUAAAGAAAUACUGAGAAAAAAUAAAUUCCACUUGGGCUUUACAACAUACUCAACAAGUCCAGAGAUUAACAACGCGAGGUUUAAAUGUCUUAUAAAUAACGAAAACAAAAUCAAUGAAGUACAUUAAAAAAUGAUCAAAUAAUGUUUGGAUAAGAGAUUUUCCAAAAAGGCUACAAUGAGUGACAAGACUCGGAAUCACAUUCAAACCUUAUAUCAUUAUUAACAAUUGAAGAAUACUGAUUUCUUGCCAAAUUGAAAUACCAUCAAAUUGUGUAGAUUAAAAAAUUAGCAACAUGCGUUUCAAUAUUCGGCGCAAUCAUAGGAUCGACGGUUAAGAUCUCAUUGACAACCCCCAGCCCCCAUCUAGCCCUACGAUCUAAAAUAUCGCGGCCUAGUUAGAUUAACUGAGUCUACACGAACUUUCAUCCAGAAUUGAAAUCAAGUAAAAAUUAUUUUAGACUAAAUUGGAUAUAUUUCGGCUAGUGAUGCCACACCAUCUGGGUUUUCAUAUACUAUGUGGCUACUGUAGAAUCAUCUACAUAUGAAGUGUUCAUUAGAUGUGGGAAUAAGUUACUCCAAGGGUGACGCUGCGGGGGGGGGGGGGCAGAAGGCAACCUUUUGAUUUUUCAGUUUGUGAAAACGAGAAGAAAAAGAUAUGAAGAAAAAUUAAAGUUUUUCAAAGAGAGAGGUCUCGGCUUUGCAACUCUCUAUUGCAUCACUGUUAUUCAAUAGAAGGGUAAAUGACAUAAUUAGGUUGUUUAUCCCCCACCCUAUCAAAAUACCCUUUCUCCGCCCCUUAGCUAUUACCCACUAUCUUAGAGACUAUUCAAUCAUGACUUCCACAAGCUAAUUACCCAAUAUUUUGGGGUAUCAUUUAUAGAUGAAAAUUAACAUUUACAAGCAAUUGUUGUUUGUAUAUGGUUCGCCAUAGACGACAAAUUAAGCUCAGUUGAAAUUAUGUUUUGUAAUACAGUGCCUUGCUUUUACAGGAUCCGGGAUUUUUCAUUGGGCUUUCAUAAGUCCGAAUUAUCUGUUUGCUGAAAUAUUAUGUUUUUGUAUUUGAUACCGUUUCAAAUGUUCUCUGGAAAUAUAUAUAUAUUGUGUCUGAUUCUGGGAUAUGUGACACUUUGCAUCGACGGUUAAGUUUUAGAUAAAAUUCAAUGCUUAUUAAUUAUUUUAUUUUGCUGCAACAAUGUAUGUAUAUUUUACAUUUCGUACAUGAAACCAAUAUCAUAUUUGUUCAAUUUCUUAUGUUUCCUUAUUUAGUUUUUAUUAUUGCGAACUAACCCUCCUAUAUUGUUAUGAAAAUUGCCAAAUAGAUACCAUUUUUUACGUAGGAUACUUGAUGCUUUGCCAAUUUUUUUUGUUUUAAUGUAGACAUUUUCAUUAGUAUAUUUUAACAUUUAGGUUCAAUUUGUGAACAUUCAAUGCCAAUUUGAAUUCAGAUAGUGAAACAUUACCAUUGUAAGAAUUGCAAUUGUGAGAAUUAGAGGAUGAAUAAAUACACAUUUGAUAAUAA